CCCCAAAGGUCCAAACAUGUCUUGAAAUCAAAAUGUUCCCUUUCUGAUAAAAAUGUUUUCAUCAAAGAGUAAAAAGUUCAUACUCAAAGAUUCCAUUUUUGCUACACCCAAAGAUACAAGCUAAAAUCAUGGAAAGACAAAACAAGCGUGACAUUUCAAACUGUGUCCAUGGGAACAAGAGCAGGACAUGGAGUGACACUAUGGGGAUCUGAAAUCUCACUGAACAUUCAGCUCUCUGAACUCUUCAGGGCCUCACUCCAUAAUACCAUGAGAUUUAGAAGAUGCAGAGUCAGAUACAGACUACUCAUUCUCCUGCUAUGCUCAGUUGGAAGUGGAUGGAUCCCAGCACUCACUGACCUGUGCUUUCGAUGACCCAGACAUCAACAGCACCAAUCUGGAACUUGAAAUAUGUAAGGGCUUUGUUGGAGUAGAAUGUAUGAAUUUUAGUAAACUCCAAGAAGAGAAAUAUUUCAUCAAGACAAAGAAAUUCUUAUUGGUUGGUGAAAGCAAGAUAUGUGUGAAGCUUGGAGAAGAGACUCUAGCUUGUAAAACAGUGGAAAUAGCCCACUUAGUUAAACCUGAGGCUCCUUUUGACAUGAAAGUUAUCUAUCGUGAUAGAGCAAAUGACUUUGAAGUGACAUUUAACACAUCACAUUUGCAAAAAAAAUAUGUAAAACAAUUAAUGCAUGAUGUAGCCUACUGCCAAGAAAAAAAUGGAAACAACUGGACGCAUAUGAAUAUAUUCAACACAAGGCUGACACUCCCACUGAGAAAGCUACAAUCUGAUGCAAUGUAUGAGAUUAAAGUUCGAUCCAUUCCUGAUAGUGACUAUUACAAAGGCUUCUGGAGUGAAUGGAGUCCAAGUUCCCACUUCAAAACUCCAGAGGCCAAUAAUGCAGAAGAGAUGAAUCCUGUUUUAUCAACUAUCAGCAUUACCAGCUUUUUCUCUGUGGUUCUGUUGGUCAUCUUAUCCUGUGCAUUAUGGAAAAAAAGGAUUAAGCCUAUUGUAUGGCCAAGUCUGCCUGAUCAUAAGAAAACUCUGGAACAACUGUGUAAGAAACCAGAAAAAAAUUUGAAUGUGAGUUUCAAUCCUGAACAUUUUCUGGACUGCCAGAUUCAUAAGGUUGAUGACAUUCAAUCUAGAGAUGAAGUGGAAAGCUUUCUGCAAGACACUCUUUCCCCACAAUUUGAGGAGUCUGAGAAACAGGGAUUUGCAGGGAGUGGGCAAGGACACAACUGGCCAUCUCAGAUUCCAGUUAUCACCUCAGAAGCUUUCAAAGGAGAGUUACCCUUUGGAUGCCCUACUGGAAACAUCAGCGCAUGUAAUGCCUCUAUGCACCCCUCUUUCUGGUCUCCAGACUGCAGGAAGGGUAUCAGGAGUGGCUCUCACAUGUACCAGGGAUUGCUGCUUAGUCCUGGAACUACAGACAGCACUGUGCUCCCACCAUUUCCUCUCCAAUCAGGAAUCCUGACAAUGAACCCAGGUAUUCAGGGACAGCCCAUCCUCACUUCUUUGAAACAAAGUCAGGAAGAAGCUUAUGUCACCAUGUCCAGCUUUUACAAAAACCAGUGAAUUGUAGGAAACCCAAGAUGAUCCCUAUUAUGGCUGAUGAUAAUGGCUGGGAGGUGAAAUUUAGAGUUCCUAUUCACCUUCUAAAUAUGAAGAAGGCAAGAUUAAUGCUACCUAACUACAUAGUCUUCAGGAUUCUGAGACAUUGCUUUGACCUCCUGCUUCAGUUGCCUUCAACAUGAGGCAGAAACAUUCUGCUUCUACCAUGUUAAUUUGGUCAUAUGGUUUCAGGUGACCCAGUGAAUUAACUAUAUAAGGCUUAAAAAGCAAGAAAGAAUAAAAGAAAGAUUGAAAGAAAGGAUAGAGGGAUGAGAAAGGCAAAGAGUGAGGGAAGGAGGAAGGGAAGAAGAGAAUGACAAUUAUUAUCAUUAAGACUUAGUUUAUAUCCACCACUGUGCUGAGUGCACUACAUGUUUUGCUUCAUUUCAUCCUCAUAAUAAUCCUGGUAGAUAGGAUUUAUAAUCAUCAUUAUUAUUCCCUUUUUUAUAGAUGAUGAAAUUGAGACUGAGGGCUUAAGAAAUUUGUCGAUGUUGCCUAUUAAGUGAGGCUUGGGGCCAAGAUCAGAUGCCUAGAGUCUGACUGUAAUCUCCCUGCAGAUGAGCCUUUGUCUUACCUAUAGUCUGCUCCAUUUUUGAGUGUCACUAGUAACAGGAUGGCUAUAUAAUAUAUUAUCCAAACUGGGUCACUUUUGAAAGUGAAAGAGAAAGUUAUAAAUAAUCACUCCAGGGCAACAAGCAUAAACUGGGAUUGUUCCAUGUAAAUGGGAAUACAUGGUUUUGUCAAUUAAAAUUACUGUGAGAAAGGAUGUGGGAUGAGGGGAUAAUUGAACUUUGGGUAUGAAGUACAAUGGCCAGCCAUAUCAAGAAGGGGAAGAAGGCAACAAAGGACCAUCAAGCCAAUUUGAUUUUGGUUUUAUGAAAAUGAUGUCAGGAGGGAAUACUUUAGAAGCCCAGAAUUUCUGUUGCUAGUUAUCAAGACCAGGAUUCUCUUGCUGCUACCCCAAACACAUUUAUCCAGGAUCGCAGAACAUAUCGCUGGCCCUGAACAAUGGGACAUCUGACCAAUAAGCCAUGUCAAGGCACCUCAGCAAUGUCAGCUCACCCUUCUUCCAUGGGCUCCCACUCUGGUUAUACAAAGAAUCCCACAGGGCAGAGGUGACCCAGGGAAGUAAAGAAAGAUGGGUUCUGAACUUUAUUUGGUAUCUGUUGUCGUUUAUGUUUUAAAUUUUCUUCUUUGUUAUUUUCAUUUUGUUUGGAGAGAUUAAGUGACUUUAAUUUUUAAAUAUUUUUGUGUUUGUCUUGUGCUAUCUGUGAACAAGGUUUACAUUGUGGACUAAUGGAUCCUAUCUAUUGGUUUAAGGCCUAGCCAUAACCAGAACAUUUUAUUCUUUGGAUGAAUGUUUUACUUUCCCAAGUGCCUUCCUCUGCAAUAAUAGUAAUGAAUACAAUACUAUAAUUGCUUAGGUUUGCUUGGUAUUAUUUUGAUUUUCAAAGCACUUCUAUAAAUACUGUCAUCUCCUUCAUAAACACAGAAAACCUGCUAUAUGACAACCAUAGAUUGAGAUUUGAGCACAUAUCACUCCACCUCAUAAAAUGCAAAAUCUAUCAAAAAGGAAAACUUGUAAACAAAUUAUUAUAAUGCAAAAUUCUAUAAGGGGGAAUGUUAAAAAUACCCUGUUGAAGACAGAAAACGAUGCCACAAAAAAGUCAUAAAUUUGCAUGAAGGAAAGGUGGAAUCUUCCUGCUAUAUAAAUAGCAAAAGAUAUUUUCCAUCAGAUAGACAGAUUUUUUUUUAAUGUUUUGAGUACAUGGGAGCCACAUCUGAAAGAGGUCACACAAAAUCUCAUGCCUAACCUAGGCCUUUGGUACCAUAUCAUAGGGUUUCUUUAAAGGAUUAAUAGUAUAUUUGGCUUAUGAAAAAGUAGGGACAUAGAGAUGACAGGUUAGUUACUCAAAUUCAUAUGUUAAGUCAGGAUUAGGAACCAUGAUUUUUAUCCCUGAUACACAAUCUCUAAAGAAAAGAGAAAAUAUUUCCAGAGCUCAAGAUCCUUCCUCAGCUCUAGAAUGCCCUGUUUCAGUGUUGCUUGACACUUGUUAUAAUUUCAACUUACUGUGUGUCAUUGGAAGCAUUUUAAAUUCAUGUAUUAUAUUCAUAUAAUUGUAACUGCUGCACAUGCUCGAUUGUAUAUUCAGGAACAAUAGUAAUGUAAGUUUGCUAAUUCAUUCUAUCCAAUACCCCCUUGAAUUUCUUUAAGAAAGAAAAACUUCUAGCCAAAGACAAUAUACAAGUCAGAUAUGUCAACUACCAGUUCCAUGUAGCGUGAAAUAAAGAGACAGUUGAGAAAUAGGCAACUAAUUUGUUCCAACAACCAUCCCUGGCACUAUCAGACCCAAGAUUAUUCAAUUGAUUUUCUGCAAGCCUUUGUCUCCCUCUUCAGUGUGGUUUACAGAGGAAUUUGCUUCAGAAAAUCCAAGUAUGGGCCAAUUCAAAUAUGCAUACUUGUGUUUUCUUAGAACUUGUGGGAUGGUACAGAACUUGGAACUGACCAUGAAGAUGGUGAGAAUAUGUGGUAGAACACCUGGAAAUGAUACAGCUUAGACAGCACUUUUGCCAGUUCUUUGAUUUGGUGGAUUAUCCUUAAAAAUGCUCAUCAUUCACUACAGUGAAGGUGUUUAAUUGUGUACUUUUUAUAUGCAUUACUAACAUUUUGCAGAGCUGCUAAGUAUAUAAGUAGAUGAUAUAUGUUACCAUCUUGUAUUUAAAUAAAUGCUAUUU